AUGGGCUGUUGCAUGAAGGGGAAGGCUCAUGUAGCAGCGAGUUCCAUAAAUCCAACUCUGAGAUAGACUAGGAAAUUUGAAUCUCAACGUUCUAGAGUGGAUGAAAUGAAGUCUGAAGUGUUUGAGAAAACUAUGUAUGGGAAUGAAGAUAACUAUUAUGAUGCUGAUGAAUUAACUUGCAUCGAUCGCAAUUAACUAUUAAGUCUUAUUAAAAGUGAGCCAAAAAAGAUUCGUUGGACUCCUGGAUAAGUAAUUGGUUAAGGGUCUUUUGGAAGAGUAAUAGAGGCUAUGAAUCUAGAUACUGGAUAAUUGAUGGCAGUUAAAUAAGUGAUGGUUGAUAUUCGAAAUGAAGAUCGUAUAAUAGCACUUGAGAUAGAAAUUGAUUUACUUUCUUUAAUCAAACACNCGUAAUUGUAUUAAUAUGAUUCUAUUGCUAAAUUAGAAUUAUCUAUUAUUUUAAUUAUUCAAAAUUAUCUAAUUCUUCUCAAUUACUAAUUCUAAUAUAAAAAUCUUUAGAAUUUUAGCUUAAACAUUAUAUAGUCAUAUUUGAAAAUUCUAUGA